ACAUGUAUUGUUCAUUGGAAAACAAAGUGAAAGUACUAUCUAUCAAGUCCGAAACAAUAAUAAUAAGAGAGCGGUGGCGAGUCUUGUGACCGUGUGAGACCGUCUCUAUGCAAUGGGCUAUUCUCUAAUUCGACGAUAGAGAAGAAAAAAAGAGUCCCUUUGCUCUUCUUCUCCUUCGAGAAAGUGGGAGACUUUUGACUCUUCUCCUUCUUCUCCUCUCUCUCUAUCUCCUCCCCCCGUUGCUUCCGCCUAUUCACCUCUCUUCCUAAGCUCCCAGGACUCCUCAAAUUCGAUUAAGAAAAAAUGGGAAACUGUUGUGCAAGCCCUGGCUCAGACACCAAGACCAAAGCUUCAAGACCAAACACCAAAAACAACCCCUUUUACAGCGAGGCAUACACCACAACAAACAGUUCUGGAACCGGGUUCAAGCUCUCCGUUUUAAAAGACCCAACAGGACAUGACAUAUCCCUUAUGUACGAUCUAGGCCGCGAGGUUGGUCGAGGAGAAUUUGGUAUCACCUACCUCUGCACUGAUAUCAAAACUGGGGAGAAGUAUGCGUGCAAGUCUAUAUCCAAGAAGAAGCUUAGGACGGCUGUGGAUAUAGAGGAUGUUAGGAGGGAGGUUGAGAUUAUGAAGCAUAUGCCUAAGCAUCCUAAUAUUGUUACGCUCAAGGAUGCCUUUGAGGAUGAUGAUGCGGUGCAUAUAGUGAUGGAGCUGUGUGAAGGAGGUGAGCUGUUUGAUCGGAUUGUUGCUAGAGGUCAUUAUACUGAACGUGCCGCUGCUGCUGUUAUGAAGACUAUUCUUGAAGUUGUUCAGAUAUGUCAUAAGAAUGGGGUGAUGCAUAGGGAUCUAAAGCCGGAGAACUUUCUAUUUGCUAAUAAAAAGGAGAAUUCACCACUUAAGGCCAUAGAUUUUGGUUUAUCAGUCUUCUUUAAACCUGGUGAGGGAUUCAAUGAGAUAGUUGGAAGUCCUUAUUACAUGGCCCCAGAGGUACUUAGGCGACAUUAUGGACCUGAGGUUGAUAUCUGGAGUGCUGGUGUUAUCCUUUAUAUCCUUCUCUGUGGUGUCCCACCUUUUUGGGCUGAGACUGAGCAAGGGGUGGCUCAAGCGAUCAUUCGAUCAGUCAUAGACUUCAAGAGGGAUCCAUGGCCAAGAGUCUCUGACACUGCCAAAGACCUUGUGAGAAGGAUGCUCGAACCUGACCCCAAAAAACGCCUUUCUGCUGCAGAAGUACUCGAGCAUCCUUGGAUACAAAAUGCAAAGAAGGCUCCAAAUGUUUCCCUCGGCGAGACUGUGAAAGCAAGGCUCAAACAGUUUUCUGUUAUGAACAAGCUCAAGAAACGAGCUCUACGGGUGAUAGCUGAACAUUUAUCAGUGGAGGAAGUAGCUGGCAUUAAGGAAGCUUUUGAGAUGAUGGACAGUAAAAAGACGGGGAAGAUUAACCUCGAGGAGCUUAAACAUGGACUUCAUAAACUCGGACAGCAGCAGAUACCUGAUACUGAUCUACAGAUAUUGAUGGAAGCUGCUGAUGUAGAUGGGGAUGGGACUUUAAACUAUGGCGAGUUUGUGGCCGUCUCUGUGCAUCUCAAGAAGAUGGCGAACGACGAGCACUUGCAUAAGGCGUUUAGCUUUUUUGACAAGAAUCAGAGCAAUUACAUAGAGAUUGAGGAGCUGCGGGAGGCUUUAAAUGAUGAGGUGGAUACUAGCAGUGAGGAGGUUAUUGCAGCCAUCAUGCAAGAUGUUGACACCGACAAGGAUGGAAGAAUAAGCUACGAGGAGUUUGCAGCAAUGAUGAAAGCUGGGACGGACUGGAGGAAAGCGUCGAGGCAGUACUCGAGGGAAAGAUUCAACAGUUUGAGCCUAAAGUUAAUGAGAGAUGGCUCAUUGCAAUUAGAAGGCGAGACAUGAGAAAGCAUGGGGUCUUUCAAAAACAGUAAAGGUUCUGUUGAUGUUUCUCUUAAAGAAGUAAAAAAAAAAAGAACAGUAUUCUUUGAAAAAUGUCAGUCUUCUUUUGUUGUUUCUCCACAAUAAUAUGUUAGAUCAGAGUAAUGCUUUAUUGACUUGAAUAGCGAGCCAUGUAACGAUAUAUGAAGAUGUUGUCUUAAAUUUUCUGACCGUGUUUUUAAUAUUGUUUGGAUACGCAGAGCA